AUGAGUAUUCCAAAUUCAGAUUAUUUGUCUAUGAUAAAGAGUAAAUAAUAGUAGUAACAACAACAAUAAUAGUAAUAACAAUUCUAGCAAUAGUUUUGUUAUCCAAUGAUGUAUAAUUAUUGAGAAUAUUUAUAAAAGGACUUAAUAACCUUGGAAUUAUUGGAUGAUGUAGUAAUAAUAGUUCCAACAAACACCUUAAAUGUAGAUAUCUUCAAUGUUAGGAUAAUAAUAAAUGGUGUCUCCUGUUUCACCUUUGAAUGUUUCGAUAAUUCCUCCUUAAUUUUUGUUGCAACCUCAUUAGACUCAAAGCAAAUUAUCAACAUCUUAAUCUUAACCACUCUAGAAUAAAUAAUAUGUAGAGGUGAAUGGGACUAAAGUGAAAAUGAACAUGAAAUUAAUAAAAGAUGACGAUGACAUGCUUGAUUAUGAUGAAAUUAAAAGGGAAAAACAAAAAAGGAAUAAUUUAAUAAAAAAAAAGAAAUGA